AUGAAUUUGGCAUCCAUUGACAAUAUCAUACGUGGGGCUCGACUUCAGACAUCAUCAAAUGACUCGAGUUAUCAAAAUUUUUUGGAUCGUUUAGUUUUACCUGGAAUGGUUUUUGAAUUAUCUGGACCUUAUGAUGGGCCUGUAUCAUGGUCUAUUGGUCCAGGUCUUGUCUGUGUGCCGAUGUCUAGAAUGAAACCUGGAGUGGGAAAAAACAAAAUGGUGGAUUCGAUUUUAGUAAGACAGUUCGGAAUCUUAAAAUUCAAAUGUAAGAAGUUGGAAGGAACAGACUCAACGGAUACAAUCAAGCGUUUUAAACUGGGAAAUUCAUUGAGUGAUUUGAGGUCAGAAAAUUUCAUUUGGGUAGAAUGCCUUGUGUCUAAUGGUUCAGUAACUACAUUACUCCCACUUACUCGUCUCUCAUACCGUUGUCAUGUGGGACAGUUUCAGCCAGAGGACAAGGUUAUUGGCGUUGUAAUGAAAAAAGCUGGUGAAUCGUUUGUAGUUGAUAUAGGUUGUGCUUCUCCGGCUAUUCUCAAUUACUUAUCAUUCGAAGGUUCUUCUAAAAAGAAUCGUCCUGACAUUAAUGCAGGUGAUGUUCUUUAUGCCAUGAUUACACGAGCCGACAGAGAUUUAGAGAUUGAAUUGUCAUGUGUUGAUGAGGCGGGGAAAGCUUGUGGAAUGGGUAUCCUUGGUCGCCAUGAACCUGGAACUGUUGGUAAUGCUGGAGGUCGGUCUGGUGGUAUACUGUUACACUGUACGCAAGAUUUGGUCAGGCGGUUAGGCAAUCAAGAUGAAUUUCCUCUAUUAAAACUUUUAUCUAAGUUCUUAUGAAUAUCUUAGAAACAAGUGAAUUCUUUAUAUCAACACCUGUAGUUCCAAUAAACGGAAAUUCACUUUUUAGCUAGCAAGUCAGAAUUAUGCCAUCCAAAAGCGUUGAUUAAAAGAAGGAACUUUUUUGAGAACAGUAUAAAAUGUAAUGAAAUUCUAUAAGUGCUCUAUACGUUACAACAAAUAACUGUUAUAGAUUUGUCACAAACAACGCAAUGUAGAAUAAAGUUGUUUGCUAACUAACUGACUUACUUAUUUGCAUUCACUGUGGGCGAGCCGUUUUUGAUGUUGUGGUCGGUAUUGAACAACCUAUCCGUGUAUGAAUCAAUGGAUAAUAAUUGACAGACAUCAAGAAUAAAAGAAAAAAAAAGAUAAUUAUCCAACUGGUGAUAUCAAGAGAAAGGAGUAAAAGUUGUUUGAGGUUAAAGGAGAUAAAUAUUCUAACCUCUGACAUUCAAUAACACAGUUUAUAUUUAAACCAAAAAUUUGUUUCAUAAAGGCAAAUCUAAAAUUACUAAACAGUGUUUGCUUUGAUUUAAAUUUUUGAUUUUUAAUAUACGAUCUAUGGAAACUUUUCGACAUGUCUGAAUGAAAAACAAAGAGCGCACAUGUGAAUGAAUCAGAUUCAGUAUUUAAUUACUGCAAGUCGAUGAAUGAAUUAUACGAAUGUGGAGAUACUGAGAAAACAGGAGUGAAAUUGCUUAUCCGCUAGAGUGGAUAACAAACUUUGCUAAAUACAUGAAGAUCAGUUACACUUCGUGGUUUGUCUUUAUUUUCAUCGAAUUGGUUAAUUACUUGUUACAGUCACUUUUUACCAAGUAAAACGAUAGAUUAUAUGAUACUUUGAAAUUUUAGUGGGCUUUUUAUCCAUGUCAAUUCAAUAUAUACAAAAACUUUCUGAUUGAAAUUGUAGGCUGUUUCCGAAACAGUAAAUCGGACUCAUAAAUUUGUAUAAAUAAAAUAUAUUCUGUAUUCUUUAGUGUACUAGUCGAACUGUUUUCCAAUGUUCCAUUUUGAGCUAGUUGCAUUUGAUUAGAGGUUGAAAGAUACAAGAUCAAUAUAAUUAUGCAUUUUGAUCACUUAACUUCUAUACUUUAAAGGAAUAAAACUUGCGAAAAGUCAAAUAUAUUACGUAAUAAUUUUUGAACCAGUGAUAAAGUUCAAUAAUUUGGCCGUAUAACUGAUUACUGUUGAUAUAACUGUAUCUAAUAACUCCAGCUUUCUGUUUAUUAUAAUCGAUGAUUGUAAUCACAUCGUUCUGUAUAUUUGUUAAUAUUGUGUAUUUCUUGUGAACUCUUUCUUAUUUUUAUAUCUCAUUAAAUAUAUCCAAUUUAUUUAAUGAUUGCAAGGACUCUUACUUAAUGCCCCCAAAUGCCCUGGUAUGGCC